AUGCCUCUUACUCUCUGGAGAGACCUGUCGCCACUAGGCCAGCGUCUGAGAGAGCCAACCGCGAAAUCACCACAUAUUCUUGUCGUAGGCGGCGGUGUCACUGGACUCGUGAGCGCUUGGGUCUUCCUCGACCGCGGUUAUCAUGUCACCAUCCUGAGCUCUGCCUGGGUCAACAGUGAACAUCGUUUGACAUCGCAAAUAGCCGGAGCGCUUUGGGAAUUCCCCCCUGCGGUCUGUGGUCAGCACACAGACUCCAUAUCCCUCGCACACUCGAAACGGUGGUGCAUGACGGCGUACCACAUCUGGGAUGGCAUUGCUUCGAUUCCACAACUCAGGGAAGCUUCCGGAGUCCGAAUGAUGCCGUCCGACUUCUUCUUCCCCGAAGCCAUCGACAAAGAUGUUGCGCAGUUGUCAAAGAUGACGGAGAUCAUGGCGAGCGGUGUGAGAGGCUUCUACCGCGGAGCUGACCUCAUCGAUGAACGACACGUUGACCCCGAAUAUGGCGCUGUUGAUGCCUACGAGUUGAUGGCACCAGUCAUCGACACCGACAAGGCCAUGGAGUGGCUCACUCAGCUUGUCCAGAGCAAGGGUGCCACUCUCGUCACCGAGACAAUCGAGAAAGACCUCUUGGAUAUUGAAGAAGACCUGCGGGUGCGAUUCGAUGCAGACGUCAUCGUCAACUGCACUGGCAUUCAGGGUCAGACGCUCGCCGGCGACGACAGCGUCUACCCAAUCCGCGGCGGCCUCAUUCGCGUCAUCAACGACGGUAUGGAUUUCCCGAAAGUGGACGCGGCCUUGACCAUCACGGCCGACGCAGCACACAGCGCCAAUGAGAUCAUCUUCUUGGUGCCCAGAAAUGAUAACAUCCUGCUCAUUGGCGGCAUUACUGAACCGCAUAAGUGGGAUCUGAAUCUUACGUUAGAGAGCCCCAUCAUCCAGCGGAUGCGGGCGAGGUGCGAGGCAUUCUUGCCCUCUCUGAAGAAUGCUCGCCUCGACGCGGAUUAUCCCCUUGCCCAGGGUCUUCGCCCGUUCAGAGCGAAGAACGUAAGGGUUGAGCGGGAAUUGCGCCGUACUGGCAGCCGCAUUGUCCACUCUUACGGGCAGGGAGGUGCAGGCUGGAGUCUGUCAUUCGGUUGCGCGCAAGACGUUGCGUUGCUGGUCGAUCAGGCUCUGGCAGGUGAGUCGGCAAGGCCGAUGGAGGAAAUGAUUCGCGAGCGAAAAGAAGCCUAA